AUGCAGGAUGAGGAACCCGAAGAUUUGCCCGAGAACUUGCGCCCCGUGAAACCUCGGCAGAGCGUGUCCGCCGAGGCCUAUGGCGCUUGGAACCAAAAGGCGGCCUUCGUACCCCCUGUGUAUGAAAAGACAGCGGAUCAGAAGGAACGCAUCGAGAAGUGCCUGGCAUCCAACUUCCUGUUCCACGCCUUGGAGAAGAAGGACUUGGCGACCAUCAUCCUUGCUUUUCAGGAAAAGGCAGUUGAGCCAGGAGAGACGGUGAUCCAAGAAGGUGAUGACGGCCAGAGCAUGUUCCUCAUUGAGGAGGGCAGUGCCGAGUGUUUCAAGAAGCAGAACGAUGAACAGAAGCUUGUCAAGACCUGCUCCGCGGGCGACAUCUUUGGUGAACUCGCUCUGCUUUACAAUUGCCCAAGGGCAGCCACGGUAAUCUGCAAGGAGAAAGGCACCUUGUGGGAACUGGACCGUGAGACCUUCAACAACAUCGUCAAGGACGCGGCCGCCGAACGCCGCGAGACCCUGUCGCACUUCCUCAAGGAGGUUCCUCUCUUCUCCAGCAUAGAUGAGUACGAACUGAUGACCAUUGCUGAUGCCAUGAAGGUUGUACUCAUAGAGGAGGAGGGCACGGAGGUCAUCAAGCAGGGCGAUAUCGGUGAUUGCUUCUUCAUUGUCAUGGAGGGGGAGUGUGUCGCAAUGAAGGCCUUUGUUGACGGUCAAGAGCCCCAAAAGGUGAUGACCCACAAGGUUGGCGAUUACUUUGGAGAACUUUCUCUGAUUUCAAAUGCGCCGCGGGCGGCCAGUAUUGUGACAUCGUCUAACGUGCAGUUGAUGUCUAUGGACCGCAAGACCUUUAAGCGGCUAAUGGGUCCUAUCGUGGACAUUCUUCAAAGGGAGGCUGUUCGCUAUGAUACACCCUGUCAGAGCUCUUCUGGAGUGUAA